UCAAAUUGGCCGGUGACCGGCUCUUAUGGAAAACUCUGUAAACAACUGGUUCUAUUGCCAUGACUUACAUUAAAAAGAGAAGUAUUAAUUGAGAAGGAGACAAUAUUGGUAUGCAAGUAUGACAUUUUAUCAGGCCGCAAAUGGAUUAGAUGAAGUGAACCGGAGUCAGUCUGAUCGAGGAGGAAUGGAUUAUAGUCAAACCUUAGUGUCCAGUCCCGCUGGGGCUGAUACAGACACCAUCUUGACAACAAUAUUAAAAGAGGUACGAGAUAUCAAGCAGUCAUUACGUAAGAUAGACCAUCUUCAAACUACAAUCCUCAGUGUACAGCAGGGUCUGGGUAGCCUCAACGAAAGGGUAGAACAAUUUUCAACUGUCCUGUCACCAGCAUAUGAACAAGUUAACAACAACCGACAGGGGAGACAACUGGAAGAGGGAAAUCAGGAACAAUCUAGAAAACUGGAUAAUCAAUUGAAGAAGGCUUCCCUGGACCACAAGUCAUUGCAUGCUGUGAGAAGUCCAGUUUCUGAGGUACCAUCAUCUCCUGUACAAUAUUCAAGGUCAAAUUCCAAGGUUGAAAAUGGUCUUCCGGAUACAGAAGUAUUACCAAGUGGAUAUAAAAGAAACAGUGAAAACAGAGAAAGACAGUCUGAAGGUGUUGUGACAGAAACACGUACACCAUCUCAGGAGACUAGCUUUUCUUUGGAAAGUCAAAUAUCGCAAGGAUCACUUAAUGGAACAUCUCCCAGACAUAGAUCAUCAAGACAAGAUACCACAACCACUGAAGAAAGUACAAUGGGGUCUGUAUCACCUAGUACAGAAUCACUGCAGAGGAACUCUCACAUCAACUCCCCAUCAACUGUGGGAAGGUCAAACUCCAGGACAAGUACGACAGUGGAAUACCAAUCACCAUCCGCUGAAGGCUUAAGGCAUGCGACGGGACACAAGGCAGACAAUGAGGGCAGUGACAGGCAGCUGAAAACACCAUCCAAUGGUAAUACAAGCUUGGAAUCAAAGUCUGUCGAUUUUGAUGGUUUCAAGGUAAAUGUUACACCAAGGAAAGAAGACAAUAGGUUCACUUACCAUAAGAUACAUGUAGGAGAAGUAGAGGAAGCUUCUGUGAUAGAAGUAGAAACAGAAGAGCCAGUUACUGUAGAUGUCAUUGACCCUGUGACCUCUUCACAGUCACAAAAAGAGGAAGAAGAAACACUUGAUCAAGAUCCUGAGCAAGAAAGAUCUUUAACAGAAACAGUUCAGCCAACACCAAGUCCAGAACCAGUGCAAGUAGAAACUGAAAGUUCUUCCCAAGGUACAGAGCCUGGGUUGCCUUUAGAAGAAACAGUCACCAUGGAAACACCAGUCAAAGUUACAGAAACAAUAGCCACAGUAUCACCUAUUAUCGCCACUCCCAGUGAAACAGCUGAAGAAGGGGAUACAGAUGACUCUACCAGUGGUCCCCUACCCAAAGAGAGGCAGUUUUUGGAGAGUUUAACACUGAAAGAGGCUCAGAGAGCUGCUGAUUGUCGGGAUCCUAAAUCUGAUGGAGCAGAUACAAUCAUAUGUGUAGACACAUCCGAUAGCAUGAAAGGUGCCCCUAUACAGCAAGCCAGAGACUUCAUCAACAAUUUCUUAGACGGUAUUGAGGAAUGUGCAGUUGAUCAUGCGUUGGAGGAGAACAUUGCCAUAGUUACCUUUGGUAAAACUACAGCAGUGAUGCAGCAUCUUACAAAUGACUACUCCAAAAUCAGAGAAAUUGUCGAUGAAAUGGAGAUUGAGGGAGCAAGUCCUAUCAUGACCGGCCUUGUGCUCUGUAUGAGUGCUAUCUACAUUAGAGGUGGGGUGGUUUCCUUUCGCAAUAGGAAAAUCAUGCCUCGUAUUUUAUUAGUAUCGGAUGGUCAUGUGACAGAUGCUCGGAUCAUGGAUGGUCCAGAUGUAAUUCACCCUCAGGGUAUGAGUGAAGAAGAGGCUAAGCAACAGCUGAUAGAAUUUACUGAUAGACUUAAGAGUGAACAUCGUAAAGUCACCUGUAUACCUGUCGGGGAUGCAGAUAUGACGGUGCUGGAGCACAUAGCCCACACAACGGGAGGUGAGGUAGCCAAGGUGGAGGAAGCAGGGCGACUUAGUAAACAGUUCCUGUUAGAUACGAUAGUUGCCCGUGUGAUGACAGAUGAAGCUAUUGGUAAACCAGACUUUGGUCGACAGACAAUGGAGAGAAUUGUCCGAGACAGUACUACAGGCAAAGACCUUUCUACAGAGGAAAUGAAUGUUGUGUUUGACAAGGUAAUGACAGAGUUGAAGGACAAUCCUGGUGGUCGAGAUGGAGCCGGUGGAGAAGAGGGACCUCUCCCUGUGGGGACAAGGGUACGGAGAGGUCGAGACUGGGUCUGGGAUGAUCAGGAUGACAACAUGGCUGGUACCAUUAUCGGACAUAAACAAAGAGGAUUUGUUUCUGUGGAAUGGGACAGUGGGAGGAAGGGAAAAUACCGAAUGGGUGCAGAAGACUCCUUCGACCUCAGAAGUGUAGAUGAACCACGUUUCCUGCCAGAAGGCAUGCUGGGAGCUGUUGGGGUUUGUUGUAGACGAGGGCCCGACUGGGAAUGGGAUAACCAGGAUGGUGGCGAAGAUCAAGUUGGAGUUGUUUUCAAGAUAGAAGAUAAUGGGGUCAUACAUGUAAGAUGGCAAAAUGGUAAAAGAGGAAACUACAGAUAUGGAAUACACGGAAAAUUUGACAUAGAAAUGUGCCCAGGAAGAAGACCAGCUCAAAGUGGAGCUUCAAGUGAUGCACAAGGCUCAGCUUCCAUCCAAGUGACCAAAACUCGGCCACAAUGGCAGUGGGAGAUAGAACCAGGGACAUGGAUUCACCAUAGUAAUCAGGCUUCCAGCCGGAUAGAGGAUCUUUACCAAAAAAGAGGCCGGGGCACGACUCUGGUGGAGAUUGAUGGCCAAUCGUACCGAGUUGUCAUCCAGAACCGUAAACAGCGAAACACGUCAUCUGGAGUAGAAAAUACUAUACGGAGACAAGAAAUACCACAAACAUAACAACAACCAGUGGCUCUGGAACCAGUUUUGAUAGUGACAAGUUAUUUCGAAGGUUGAACUUCUUUGAACAGAAAUUUGUGAUCGACAUAAAGAUUAAUUGAUGUUGUAUUAAAUGACUCUACCUUUAUUCAUUAAGAAUUGCAUUCUAUUUUGAAUUUAAUUAAUAUGUAAACUGCAUACUUCGUUCAGUGUAAACAAAUUUUGGAUAUAAAUAUUGAGAACCUUCAGACUACAAUAUUGGCUGUCUAGACAUAAACAGAAAGUGCAAAUGAUAUAUUUUAGUAUAAUAUAUAUUUUCAGUGCGUAACUAUGUAUGUUUACUGUAGUGUAUGGUCAUAAUAGACAGAAAUGUAUUAAACUCCCUGCAACAAAGUUAGGGAGGGGUAUACUGAAUCAUACGGAGCCCGUUAACUGACAUGCUCCAUACUUAUUUUAUUUCGUUUUUUCGAAAUAUUAUUUCGUUUUUUCUGAUGUAACUGGUUGUAUGUGAAUCCAGUGAUCACUAGUCGUAAGUGUCUUGUACCCAGGCAAGCACAGAUUGACAUAUUCCUGAUAUGUGUAUCUCAGUAGAGUGUACCACAAUCCAGGCAGUGCACCAUGCAUGACCAGCUACUUUUAGCAUUGAGUAAAGGUGGCACUGUAGAAUCUGUUUGGUAAUUAAAUUUAUUUACCAUGUACAUAAAUGUAUAUGCUUGAAAUUUAAUAUAAUGCAAUUUAUAAAUGCAUAAGUCUUUCGUAAAUGAGUUAUAUCCUGUUUCCCCUGCAUCAGUUUCGGGAUUGCAGCAUCAUGUCUGAACACUUAAUUCAGUCUUUAAAGACUUCAAAAGUGGCUUACAUGUCCAUAUGCAUACAUCCCAUAACUCUACUAUAACACAUUAAGAUACUAUUGGCAAUAUAUUGACUACAUAGAAAUCAUAACAUGAAGUUAUUGCUUUUAAAUAUUGAAGUCAUUAGCAUUUUAUUUUAAUUUUAACAUAUUUUAUUUCAUUUUAUCUGCAUAAAAGAAUCUGUUAAAUUCUUAUUUUUCAAAGUACAGAAUUGGAUUAUAUGAACCGAUAUAUAUUGUGAAGUAAAUUAUUUCCCAAUAACUUUGCUUGUUAACUUCACAAUCAGACCUUUAUCCAGGUAUUCUCUCCCUCCAUAUCAUACACAUAUCGUAUCUUCAUCAAGUUUAAGUUUAAUAUGAGACUUACGAAACAACUCCACAAAUUUUUCAUUUAAGCAAGAAUUAAGAUUCCAUUCUAUCACACAAUUAUAUCAAUUUUCAAAUAUCACAGCAAACAUGCUUCUUCAUGUCAAGUUUGGAGCCCUUUUAAUUGUUUUGAUUUUCAUUGUAAUGUCCUAAAGCAUUUGACAAGUAAUUGGUGUCAAUUCAUUGUCUUUCUAUCAUGUCACAAUAUUUCAAUUAAGUCGUGAGUUCUUAUGCAAUUAAUUUACAUGGGUACAUAUGCACUGAAUAGUACGGCAGUGAUGUGAUAAAUACAUUUGUGUAACAGGCAUACUGUUUAAAUGUUUCCAAUAUAUAUUGAAACCACCAAAGGCCUGAUGCCUUGCUGAUCGAGCUGAGUCUGUUAAAAUUUGUAAGAAUCUUAUCAGAUUGACAUUCUCUCUCUCUACAGUAAAAUACAUGACCAAGUUGAAAAUUAAAAUGCUUACUUGCUUACUAGUGAUUUGCUUGUGAGGGCAAGAUUUUUUAUCAAUAGGUCCUAGCUGUCCCUAUACUAAGGACAAUGGGAGUGAAGUUUUGAUUUUCCUUCAUUAGGGAAUGACUUCAAAAGGUUUGUUUUUUGUGUACACUCUACUGAAUAAGAAAUCCACCUUUGAAGGAGUUAGUACUUCAUGUUGCUAAAGUGAAAUAUCUUAAGUAUUGAUAUCACAUCUCUGUUUUGGUGUCUUAUUGUACAAAUCUGUCUACAUCAUUGUUUAACUCUAUGAUGGAGUCUUAAUGUACUUCUGUCUGAUGCUGACUUAUUGUACAAAUCUGUCAUUGUCUUACGUACAAAUCUCUGCUGUGGUGUUAUUGUACAAGUCUGUCAUUGUUUUAUGCACAAUUCUCUGAUGCUGAGUUAUUGUACAAAUCUGUCAUUGUCUUAUGUACAACUCUCUGAUGUGGUCUUAUGCACAACUCUCUGAUGCUGUGUUAUUGUACAAAUCUGUCAUUGUCUUAUGUACAACUCUCUGAUGUGGUCAUAUUGUACAAAUCUGUCAUUGUCUUAUUGUACAACUCUCUGAUGCUGUGUUAUUGUACAAAUCUGUCAUUGUCUUAUGUACAAAUCUCUGAUGUGGUGUUAUUGUACAAGUCUGUCAUUGUUUUAUGCACAAUUCUCUGAUGCUGUGUUAUUGUACAAAUCUGUUAUUGUCUUAUGUACAACUCUCUGAUGUGGUCUUAUGCACAACUCUC